AGCUUUAAUUUGCUCAUCGUUCGUAUCACUCGUAGCAGAGAAGUCAUAUUCACUAUUACACGUCACUACAAUCGUGACGUUGACAUAUAUUUUCUAUUUUCCGGCUAUCUGUAGUUUCUAUAUAACUGUUCGAGUGUCGUCGUUUAAUACAGUUUGCUCGAGCGACAUUUUUCCUGAAACAAUUAUUAUUGCUGUUUAACUGGAUAUAAAGACAGUUUGAAAUAUUUUUCAAGUUUCUAAAGGUGUUUCGUAGGAUAAUAAUUUUCUUCCGCAUCUGUUUAUCAACUAAGCUAUCAAGAUUACUAACAAAAUGCGACGUUCUCAUUCAGGGGGUUACGGCUAUGAGCCAUUACCAAGUACAUCUACUCAAAAUGUUAUGGAAGACGAGAACGAAAGAAUGACUGAAGAAUUGCGGGAUAAAAUACAUGCUUUGAAAUCAUUAUCCAUUGACAUUGGCACCGAAGUAAAAUAUCAAGAUAAAGUGCUCAGAGGCAUGGAUGAUGACUUUGAAAGGACAAGUGGUUCCUUAUCUGGUUCUGUUGCGCGUGUUUUGCGUUUAGCAAAGGCAGGCCAUAAUUAUUACAUCUUAUAUUUGUUCCUUUUUUCUGUAGCAGUAUUUUUUGUGUUGUGGAUAGUUUUGAAGUUCAAAUGAUUGUAUAUAAGAUCUCUAGCUAAGGUGAAAUGUAUAUAAACACGUAACUAGGCUAAAAGUAGAUAUUUUAAAUCAGUUAUUUAAUUAGCUUAAGUCUUUUGCAUCAUUUCGUCGUACAGAAAACUUUACUCAUUUUAUAAAAUAACUAUAUACGCAUUAUUUCGUUGUUCAUAUUAAAACAAAGUUGUUAAGAAAGAUUUUAGCCAAUAAUAGCGAGAGGUGGCAUAUACGCUUGGAAGAAAGAAAUAAAUAUUUUUUUAUAAAUAC